UAGUAUAUGAUUUUGAUUGUCGGGUCGCUAGUUCUUAGUAAGAAAUGAUGAUCGAAUCGACGUCGAUUCGUUGUCGAAUCGAUGUCAAACUCGUCGAAUCGAUAUCGAAUCGAUGACUAUUCGGCCAAUCAUUUCUCACUGAGUUGUCCAUCACGAGUGAAAAUCACCACGUGUUUCUAUUUUUGGCACUCUGCUGAGCAUUCGUCGCCGAGCAUUGAAACUGUGUUCAAAGGACAUUUGUUGUUAUAAUCCGUCGAUUGAUACAAGAAACUUCCACUAUCACAAUGAGCGGGAUUGAACACGAAUUUUGGUUCUACUGAACAUUCGUAUGUUCAAACUGCGUGCAAGGGACACUCGUUGUUAGAAAUCCAUCGCGUCGGUUGAAUACAAGAAACUUCUCUUAUCACGAUGAGCGAGAUUGAUCACACAUUUUGGGACAAUAUAUUUGAGUCUCAACAGUAUGAAGAUAUUGACGUGGUGACAUUAAAAAAAUUACAAGAAAAAAUCAAAGCUAUGGAAAAGGAUGUUUCAGUAAUGCAGCAAGAUUUUGAUUACAUAUGUGGGAAGAUUUUCGGGACACCCAUAACAAGGAAAAAACCAGAAGAAGGUAUAUCGGUUCAAAAUAAUAUAGGAAGCACUACUAGCAGAGAACAAUUGGAUAGAGAACAAGUGACUGACAGUACGCCGAGUGAGAUCGACAAUGAAAAGAACGAGCUGCUGAACAAAUAUCUUCAGUUUGUCGAAAUAAUGUACCAGGAUGAGAUUAUAAGAAUUAAGAAUCAAAUAGUAAAUUAUUGGCAGAGACAUCAUCGCAAAGAAUUCAAAGACCAGAUUCCUAUACAAAGAGAAUACUUCACUAAUAUAAUUAGUCUGAUCAACAAUCUUUUACAUCUAGAGAAAGAAGUGCUUAAGUUUAAAAUUGAGAGGGCAGAAAUGAGAACGAAAAUGAAAACGGGUGAAAUUGAUCAUGAAAAGUGCAAGCUACUGAUGGACAAUAAAUAUCUUCAGUUUGUCAAAAUGACACGCGAGAAUGAAAUUAACAGAAUUUUUGUUCAACUCCAUACGUAUCGCAACAAUAUGCCAAAUAAAGACGUACAUCUCAUUAAGUAUGAAGAUUUCACCGCGCAGAAAAUUAAAGAAAUAAAAAAUAUUUUAUAUCAGAGUGGACAAGUAAUGGAAUUUAACCUUCAGAUAGAGCGAGAGGCAACGAAUAUGGAAACGAAUAACGUCGGAACAUCCAAUGUGCCUAGCAACGCUGAUAAUUUAAAGAAUAAGUUGCUGAAGAACAAUCAAUAUCUUUGGUACAUCGUAAAGGCGCAUCAGAGCGAGAUUAAUAGACUUUACGCUAACCUCGAACGCCAUUGCACUAAUUAUUGCGAUAUGUUAAUAGACUACAAAUAUGAUCUGAAUUUGAAACUUGCUGACAUUGGGGAAAUCGAUGACUCUGAACUUGAAAGAUUUUGCAACGAUGAUAACGUUAAGGUAAUUGACAAUGAAUAUCAUCUGGCUUCGAAUAUGUGUGCUGGAAUUGAUGACGUUGAGAAGACCAAUAACGUGCCAAGUAACAUCGAUGAAAAAGGGCUGACGAGGCACAACACACGUAUUCGAUCUUUUGCUGCGGAGUGUAAAAGUAGCUUUAAUGACAUUUAUAAUGAACUGGAAAUGUAUUGCAGUAAAUACGAUAUGCCAAAUGAAAACGUGACGAUUGAUAUGCAUACAGAAUUAUAUGACCGUACGAAAACUACUGACGAAGAAAACGAACUGAAGAAGGAGAACGAAUAUCUUGCGUUCGUCGCAAUGAUGCAUCUGGAAAAGAUGAGGGAAAUACUUUUUUCUUCGAAAUGUUUCGCAAUAGAUUCUGUGAUACAAUUGAAAAAAUUACUAAGACUGACUAUUUCCUGCAGCAGCAAGUGUAUGUGACUUACGAAAUUACUUCUAUAACAAAAGAUAUUUAUAUACAGAGAGUGUUAUUGACCAAUUUUGCUAAAAUGUAUCGAAUAAAAUUGCGCUAAUUGUCAAGUUUAUAUAAAUGACUUAGAAAACAGCAAAAUGAAGAAACUGAAAGCGACAUGACUUAUUGCUCAUUAACGCAACAAAUCAAACGCUAUUAUUCCUUGCUUUGAUAAUUAAAACAAUAAACAGAACGUAAUUGCAAAUUUUUU